AGCGCGGCUGCGGGCGCGCGGGGAGCAGAGGCGGUGGCGGGCGGCGGCGGCCCCGGGAGCCGCCGAGUGCCCCUCCCCGCCCCACCGGCCCCCACCCACCCAGCCGCCCGCGGCCCGCGCAGCCCCCGGGACUCCGCGCCCUGCGCCUCCGCCCAGCUCGCAGCUCCGCGCCGCCGCGGCCCUUCUCACCUGGCGGCGCCGCCCGCCCACCGCCCCGGCCACAGCCCCUGCGCCCACGACGACAGCCGCAGCGACCGCGACAGCGGUGGGGGACGCUGCUGAGUCGAAGAGAACGCAGCCUGGCCACCGGACUACUUAACUCGCCUUGCUAAUCGUCUAUUUUUAUAAGAGUUUACAACUUUUCUAAGAACUUUUGUAUACAAAGGAACUUUUUUUAAAAAAAGAGAGACGUCUCCAGUUUAUAUUUAACCCAAAGAAGAAGGAUCUUAGGCAUUUUCGGGUUUGGGGUUUUUGACUUUUCUAAGGUUUUAUUUUUUUCCCUUCGUUAAUUUUGGGGUUCGGGUACCCCCGCUGCUUCGGCCUCCGAAGAGCUUCUGGGCCCCCAGAUUAAUGAGGCAGCCACCUGGCGAGUCUGACAUGGCUGUCAGCGACGCGCUGCUCCCGUCCUUCUCCACGUUCGCGUCCGGCCCGGCGGGAAGGGAGAAGACACUGCGUCCAGCAGGUGCCCCGAAUAACCGCUGGCGGGAGGAGCUCUCCCACAUGAAGCGACUUAACCCAGGGCUUCCCGGCCGCCCCUACGACCUGGCGGCGGCGACCGUGGCCACGGACCUGGACGGUGGCGCAGGCGCGGCGUGCAGCGGUAGCAAUCCACCCCACCUACCCCGGAGAGAGUCGGAGGAAUUCAACGAUCUCCUGGACCUGGAGUUUAUUCUCUCCAACUCGUUGUCUCAUCAAGAGUCAGUGGCCGCCACCGUGUCCUCGUCGGCGUCGGCCUCCUCCUCGUCCUCCCCGUCGAGCAGCGGUCCCGCCAGCGCGCCCUCCACCUGCAGUUUCAGCUACCCGAUGCGGGGCGGCGGCGACUCGGGCGUGGCUCCGGGCGGCACCGGCGGCGGCCUCCUGUACGGCCGGGAGUCGGCGGCGCCCCCUUCCACGACUCCCUUCAACCUGGCGGAUAUCAACGACGUGAGCCCCUCGGGCGGCUUCGUGGCCGAGCUCCUGCGGCCGGAGCUGGAGCCCGUGUACAUUCCGCCGCAGCAGCCGCCGCCAGGUGGCGGGCUAAUGGGCAAGUUUGUGCUGAAGGCGUCGCUGAGCGCCCCUGGAAGCGAGUAUGGCAGUCCGUCGGUCAUCAGUGUUAGCAAAGGCAGCCCGGACUGCAGCCACCCGGUGGUGGUGGCGCCCUACAACGGCGGACCGCCGCGCAUGUGUGCCAAGAUCAAGCAAGAGGCGGUGUCCUCCUGCACGGUCGGCCGGCCUCUGGAGGCCCACUUGGGCGCUGGACCGCCGCUCAGCAACGGGCACCGGCCAAGUGCCCACGAUUUCUCCAUGGGGCGGCAGCUCCCGAGCAGGACUAACCCGACCCUGGGUCCCGAGGAACUGCUGAGCAACAGGGACUGUCACCCUGCCCUGCCGCUUCCCCCAGGAUUCCAUCCCCAUCCGGGACCCAACUACCCACCCUUCCUGCCCGACCAAAUGCAGCCGCAAGUCCCACCGAUUCACUACCAAGAGCUUAUGCCACCCGGUUCCUGCCUGCCAGAGGAGCCCAAGCCAAAGAGGGGAAGAAGGUCGUGGCCCCGGAAAAGGACAGCCACCCAUACUUGUGAUUAUGCUGGCUGCGGCAAAACCUAUACAAAGAGUUCUCAUCUCAAGGCACACCUGCGAACCCACACAGGUGAGAAACCUUACCACUGUGACUGGGAUGGCUGUGGGUGGAAAUUCGCCCGCUCCGAUGAACUGACCAGGCACUACCGCAAACACACGGGCCACCGCCCCUUCCAGUGCCAGAAGUGUGACCGGGCCUUUUCCAGGUCGGACCACCUCGCCUUACACAUGAAGAGGCACUUUUAAACCCCAGAGUGGACGCGACCCGCACUGCCAGGAGAGAAUUCAGUAUUUUUGUCAAAAACCUUUUACACUGUCUUCCCACUCGCGAGGAGCCCAGCUGGCAAGCACUACAAUCAUGGUCAAGUUCCCAAAGAGUCAGCUUGUGAGUGGAUAAUCAGGAGAAAGGAGCUAUCCGAAAGACAAAUCCAAAUCAAAGAACAGAUGGGGUCUGUGACUGGAUCUUCUACCAUUCCAAUUCCAAAUCCGACUUGAACAUACCCAGACUUAGGAAACGCCAUGGGAGAGACUGGAAGUUGUGGAUAUCAGGGUAUAAAUUAGAUCCAUGCUUGGGGAGGGCGGGAAGACCAAGAUUUUCUUGAGUUGUGUCUCGAUGCAAUAUAAGUCUAAAGAUCACCUUGUACUCUCUUUGACUUCUAAAAGCCAUUAGUAUGUUAGAAGAAGAGAAAGAAAUUCAGGUACAGAAAAAUGUGUUUUAAUAGCCUACAUGAUGGUGCUUGGUGAGUCUUGGUUCUAAAGGUACCAAAUGAGGAAGCCAAAGUUCUUCUCAAACUGCUGCAUACUUUGACAAGGAAAAUCUAUUUUUGCCUUCCGAUCUACAUUUAUGACCUAAGUCAGGUAAAUAUACCUGGUUUACUUCUUUAACAUUUUUAUGCAGACAGUCUGUUAUGCACUGUGGUUUCAGAUGUGCAAUAAUUUGUACAAUGGAUUAUUCCCAAAUAUGCCUUAAACAGGACAAAUGUGUUUUUUCUAUAUAGUUCCUUGCCUUAAUAAAUAUGUAAUAUAAAUUUAAGCAAACUUCUAUUUUGUAUAUUUGUAAACUACGAAGUAAAGAAAUGAACAUUUUGUGGAGUUUGUAUUUUGCAUACUCAAGGUGAGAAAUAAGUUUUAAAUAAACCUAUAAUAUUUUAUCUGAAUAA